AUGAAGAACGAAAGAGAGACGUUGCGUUCUAGAGAGUUUUCCGUGUUAUUUCUAAAUGGCGAGACAGACACAGGUCUGGAUAUACCGUACAAGGAGCUUGUGAUCAAGCAAAAGAUUGGCAGCGGAGGAUUUAAGGAUUGCUAUGAAGGUAAUAAGCACUAUGAAGCCGUCGCUAUUGGGGAGUUGAGGAUCACACGAUUCAAUGAAAUUAACUUGGCAGAAAUAAAGCAUGAAAUUAACGUACUAAAACAACUGAGACAUGAAAAUGUGGUCAAAUUUAUUGGUGUCUGUACUCAUCCUAGUCACUUGUGCAUAGUGACUGAACUUUGUUCAAAAGGUGACCUCUUUGAUGUCAUUCGCGCCUACCCAAGACCAAGUUUUGCACAACAAGUUAUGUACAUGUACGAUAUUGCUCUUGGGGUAGCUUAUCUCCAUACAAGAAGACCAUCCAUUAUUCAUAGAGAUAUCAAAUCAAUGAAUAUCUUGGCAAGUCUCGUAUCUAGUGAUGACAGAGCCAAGAUUAACGAUUUUGGACUUGCGCGCAAGGUAACGAUGACCACAUACUCGUUUUCUUGUGUACCUCAUCAUACUUUGCUUUUGUUAGCACCUGAAUUCUGGUCUGUCAAUCCAAGCUAUACGGAAAAAGUGGAUGUAUAUGCAUGUGGACUCAUCUUUUGGGAAAUUAUGACUUGGGGAACCUGUGGAUACCCGUAUCAAGAUUACUCUGAGCAUGAGCUUUAUGAGGCAGUCAAGUACCAUGAUGCACGACCACCUAUAUCACAAUUGACAAACAUAUACCCAAGAAACCUGCUUGUCUUGAUUAUGGAAAUGUGGGAAACAAAUCCUUCUUUGCGUCCUUCGAUGAACCAUGUUGUUGAACGUCUCUCUACCUAUUUGACCUAG